AUGGCUCCUCCAACGCAGACUUUUAACCUGGACGUUGAAGCCAUCUCUGGCAUUUGCGGGUCUAUAUCCAUUGCCUGCUGGGUUGUCGUAUUCUCUCCGCAGAUCAUACAAAACUUCCAACGAAGCAGUGCCGACGCUCUUUCGAUUCAAUUCAUCAUCAUCUGGCUCUUGGGAGAUGUCUUCAACAUUCUCGGAGCGGUUUUGCAGGGAGUUCUUCCCACCAUGAUCAUUCUGGCGGUAUACUACACAAUCGCCGAUAUUGUGCUGCUGGGCCAACUCUUUUACUACCGUGGCUUUACGUGGCGCGACGAGCCGACCCCUCCAUCCCCGCCAAAGACAAAUGGCAACGGCAACACUUCUACACCGGCGACCACCUCCACCGAUGUGGAUGAGUAUACUGCUCUGAUUGCAAGAGUAGAGAGUCAUGGCCACCAUCAUCAUGACCGCCGUGGUCGGCGCGGAUCAGAUUGGUCUGGCUUCUCGCCUGCAGUACCGCAUAUUCCCGAGCCACCGACGACCCCACAACCACCACCGACUGCCCUGCAAACUACCAUGUGGAAUUCAAUUGUGAUCCUCAUGGUAUGCGCGGCUGGCGUUGCAGGAUGGUUCUUGGGCGAGAGGGCCACUGGCCGCGAGAAGUCCCCUGCCGAUAGCAGCGAUAAUCUAGAGUUCAACACUUUGGGUCAAGUGUUUGGAUACUUUUGCGCCGCUUUAUACAUUGCCUCUCGACUGCCGCAACUUAUUCUUAACUGGAGACGCAAGACGACGGAAGGCCUUAGCAUGCUCUUCUUCUUGUUUGCUUGUCUAGGAAACGCCACCUAUGUCUUGUCUAUUGUUGUAUAUGCACCGCAUUGCGGCGAAGAAGCCUGCACUCCAGAGGAAGCAAGGCGCCUCUAUGGUCGUUACAUCCUCGUGAAUCUAAGCUGGCUGGCAGGCAGCGCCAUGACGCUUCUGUUAGACUUUGGUGUUUUUAUCCAGUACUUUUUGUACAGGGUAGAGGACGAUGUUUCGGACGACGAGACCCCUGGCGGCGAGGACAGCAGUGCUAUCGAUGAGCGUUACGAUCAGAGACCGCUGCUUGACCGGGGUGAUUAA